AUGGAUUUACUUCGAAUCUUAGAUAGUACACCUGAGCCACCAAUUGUGGAUUUACAUAUCGAUAAGAUAAAUGAUAGUGGAGAAUAUGAGUUAACAUGUCCGAUAUAUGAAUUUCAAAAAGAAUUAACUGAUCAAAUAGUUUCAUUACAUUAUUCCGAUAUUUUGAAAUAUUGUGAGACAAAUGAUAAAACCGAAUUAAUAGUUAAAUCUUCCCAAAUUUGUAUUGAAAACUGUAUGCUUGUAAGCUCUCAUCCUUAUUUAUUGAUCACUCAUUACAUGCCAAAAAACUUAUUACAAAGAGAUAUGGCAUUGAAAUUAGCUGAAACCAGUGGGAAAUUUAAUGUAUUGAAAGAUUUAGUUAAUGUUAUGACAGAAGUGAAUAAGAAUAUUAUCUUAUCCAAUGGACCUUUUAAUAAUCAACAUAAUAAUUCCAGGACACUAAAGGCAUUCCCACCGAGUUUUGAAAGAAAAAUAGCUGUUGUUAUGACCAAUAAUGUUAAGUUAUUUGAUUUAGUCGAAGCCUUGUUGAUCGGUACAUCAGCAAAUUCAGUUAAAAUCAAAAAAUAUGUCGGGAAUUAUUUAAGAAGAGAUCAUAAAAAACAUGAACCCACUCACACAAACAUUUCAAUUCAUCUUAUACCUGAUGAUGGUAUUACCAAUUCAAAAGAAGAUAUCUCAUCGUUGAAAUUUGAUUUGAUCAUCAAAUUCGAUGAACAAGUUAAUAAUGAUUUCAUUGAAAAAAUACGAUUACAAAAUAGAGAAUCUAAAGCGUGUCUUAUUAAAUUAAUACCGUUAUUCACUAUUGAACAUUGUAAGUUAUUCUAUGAAGGUAGAGAAAAUGAUGCUGAUUAUUUAUAUAAUUUGAUUUCUUCAGUAGUUUGUCUUCGUGAUCAAAUUGGUAUAUUACCUCCAGAUAUUUUCCCUAUCUAUAAUCAGGGUUUGAAUUACUUAUCCACAUUCUUUGAUCAAUUAUUCAAAAAUUCUACUUUAUUAAGAUUUAAUUAUCCAAUUUGGCCAUUACCUGGAUUACCUUCAAUUCCCAAAUUUUCUGCCAUUGAUGUGGAAAAAUCUUUAUUAACUGAAGUAAAUUAUCAUUAUACUCCUUAUGAUAAUGAACUGUCUCAUAAAGAUACUGAUACUUCAACUACCCAAACUUAUUAUGAGGUAAAUCGUUUACAACUGAAUUAUAUCACUAAUUCAUUAACCAAUAACUUUGAUAAGUUGAUCGGUAUAUUAAAUCAUAACAGUAAGAAUUCUUUGACUAACUAUUUAACUCACAAAUUAGUGUUGGAAUUGAAUAGUUGUUACAUAGAUUAUGGUUUAGUUAAGAAGGAAUUAUCAGGAUAUGAAGUGUUUAAUGAUGAUCAUAUAAGUAAUAAGAUUGGAAGGAGAGAAUUGGAAUUAAAUAAAUCCUUGUCUUCAAUCAUUGAUGAUGUUAAUCAUGCUUCACAAAGAAUUGAAUUGGGUAAUAAGAAAGUCGAUAAAAGACUUGAAGAAAUUGAAAAUUUAAAGAAAGAUAUCCAACAAAUCACCGAAAGAUUGAAAGAUGUUGAAUAUAUUUUGAAGACUUUCUCUACCGAAUCAGAUCAACAACAAAAGAAACAAGCUAUUGAAAAUCAAAUAAAGAUUUGGGAUUCUCAAGAUAAGGUCAAACAAUAUAUUUCUGAUAUCACCAAAAAACAGGACGAAAAAACAUAUUUAAAGAAUGAAAUGACCAAAACUAAAACAUUGAUUGAAGAAAACACUAAAAUCAUUGAAGAAGCAAAGACAAAGAACCAUCAAUUCAAUAAAAGACUUGAAAAUUUCAAAGAAAACGAUUUACUUGAAAUUAAAAACAUCAUCAAGGAAAGACAUGAAAUCCAGACCCGUUUAAAUAAAGCUAAAGAUAUGAAUAUUCAAUUGAAAAGUAAAUUGAAUAAGAGUUUCAAGUUCUUGAAAGAAUCAUCUCAUUUGAAAAAACGUAAAGGUAGAGGUAUCACCCCCAAAUAA